AUGUCUCGAACACGCCAGCCAAUGGCGUCAAAUCUGUUCCAAACCACCACAGAGUCGCCACAAGACUCAACAGCCCACAUUCCCACAACCCUCAGAUUACGAGCCGAGGAAGCCCCAACUGACACCAGCGAAGCAACAUCGUCUUCUCGGCGAAUCAGAUGGAGUGAAGAUGUUGUAGAUAAUGAGGGCAUGGGCAAAAAGAGCUCGAAAGUAUGCUGCAUCUACCACAAAGCUCGGCCAGUGGGAGAAAGUAGCUCAGAAGAGUCAUCAUCCAGCUCAUCUGAGAGUGACAGCGAGAGUGAAGACGACCGUCGCACCGCCAGAGUCAACCAGGCUCGCCACACACACUCACACAACGGAGGGCGGGAACCCCACGGCGAGCACGCGUCCCACCCUGGGUGUUGCCCCGAAGACCACGGCUCUAAACCGAAACGCAAUCGCAGGAAGCCGAGUCCUAAUGCAUAUGAGAAGAUGCCUAAGCCGUCGAAGGCUCAGAAGCAGAAUCAAAGUCAUGUGCGGGGUACUUGA